AUGCUGUUCUCGAUGCUGGGCUACUGGAUCCUGGUCGGAGAGCCCAGAUACGGUAGGAUGAAGCCAGGGCAGACAAUUCCGUUCAUUUCAGAUAUAGGAGGCACACAAGAGUUGAAGCCUGUGUUCAUGGCUGGUUCCAUGAUCACAAUGCUAUUUAUGAACAUAUCUUUUUAUCAAUUUGUGCAGAAGAAGGGAGAAAGCAACAAGAUCUACAAUUACCUUUCAUUUACUACUGCCAUAGCCGGCAGUAUUGGAUUGAUCAUGCUGUCAAUAUUUGAUAAUCUUGAUCAUCUGUAUGCCCACGACAGCUUCGUGGCUCUCUUCAUGACGGGAUAUCUCAUUAGUGCCACAGUCAUCUGUAUAGAGUACUUCUAUCUGGACAUCUCAUAUCGAUUACCGCACCGCAUGCUCACAGCAAGUUUUGCGAUCAAGCUGUCUUUUGUCAUUAUUGAGCUUGCUUUUAUUUUAGCCUUCCGAGUGACGGCGCAAGUUGAUCUUCCUCAAAAGAAUACCGCUGCUGUUCUUGAAUGGAUCAUUGCCUUUCUCUUUGGUGGGUAUAUCCUGUCAUUUGUGAUGGAUCUGCUACCUUUGUCCGAAAAAGACAUUCAAUAUCAACAGCUGGAGAUGGAUAUGGAUUCUCACGCGACCAGGAUAGCUAUUUAG